UUCCCUUUUUCUUCUUCCUUCCCUAAUUCUAAAUCUUCAGCAUUUCUUCUCUCCUCCUUAGUUUAUCGAUUGAUCGGUCCAUUGAUUCAAAGGCGAAGCGAUGGAGAAUCCCGACGGGGCUUCGUACUACGAGAAGAUGGACGGAAUCGCGCGCUCGUUGGGUAUGACUGUCGCGGCGGCGUUUUUCGCGUCCCUCGAGCGAUUCUCCUGCGUCAAUCUGAGCACCUCCGACAGCGACGAUGAAAACGAGGACGAGGCCAAGGAUCGUCCGCUCGUGCUCACUUCCUUCCAAUCCUUCAACUCGACGGAAUCUUCCGCGAAUCAAAAUGUUGACGCGAAUGGAAAGAAUAACCCCCUGGCUGUUGAAACUUUGCCUGUCUGAUCGCGGUCGUGGAAAUUCGCCGAUCGAUUGUAG